UUGAGGACCAAAACUAUUCAGCAAAGGACAACACUUGAAUGAAGCAACUAUAAUGUAAAAUAGAAUGAAUCUAAAUGCAAAUAUUCAUGAAGAGAGACUUGAAUUUGCUUAAAGUUGUGCUCUUUGUUUAUGGCAAGUCAGGCACAAAGGCUCUCUUAAUCAGACGUCAUUUGGUUCCCGAAGUGAGAAAUCCUCUCACGACUGUUGUUUCUAGUCCCUCGCGUAUCAUUGUUUUUUGUGUUUAUUCUGAUCUUUUUUUUUUCCCCCUCUCCUCAUUCCGCACUUUUCUUCUACUCAUUUCUUCUUUGACCUGUUUCGCUCCUUCUUAUCCCUCAUGGUCUCUGAUUCCACUAAGAAGACCCUCAUUCUUUCGGUCUCUGCCAUCAUUGGUCUGACCACCAUUUCUACUCUCGCUUACCUGCUUAUCCAGGACGAUCGACGUGCAAAGCACCUGCGCAAAGUCAAAUUACUUCAAAAGACUCUUGCCCAUAAGCUCCACAAGAUUGAAACCUCUGUCCAGGAGCUCGUUGACGAAGACAUUCGUCUAGCUCAGGUUCGCACUCGCACCUUGCGUACCCAUCCCAUCUUUCCAGGUGACCCUCACGUCAAGCUUCCUGCUCUAGGCUUGAUCAAUCCACAGGACAAGAUAGAUUUUGGACAAGAGAUUGAAGAGACUCAGGAGGAGCUGAUCCGUGAACGGACACAGGGUUAUAGUGAAGACACAGCCAAAGUCCGUCAGGGUUAUAAACGUUUGGACUAUUUGAUCGCUUCCAUCAACGAACGGUUCUUGAAGCUUUUGGAGUCUUUGGAUGCCAUCUCUCCUCGCGAAUUGACCGAUCUUGGCGAUGGCUUUGGUGGAUUACCUACUUCCGAUGGACCUGAAAUUCAAGGAUGUGAAAAGAUUCGCAAACGUAAGAGAGCCGUCAUCGAGAACAUUCAACAUUGGAUGACACAAAUGGAUAAGAUUGCAGCAACUUUCAAGGAUCGCUUGGUUGCCGUCGAAGAUUUUGAAAAGAAGGCUGCUGAGGAAGCUGCUGAGGAAGAGAAAGAGACCAAGAAAAAAAAUGAGGAUAAGGGAGUCAAUGGCCACAAUCAUGUUGUCGAACACACUGCAGAAAGCAAUGUAGUUAAGGAAGGUCUGUCGUUUGCAGAGGUGGCUUCUCACAAUAUUCCUGAGCCCGAGAUUUUGAAACCCACAGAGGACUUAGAAAAGAUGAAGGAGGGCGUCACAUUCGCUGAUGUUGUUUCACAUGAUGUUACUCAAUACGAACAUUCGGAUGCGUCUUCAACUAUUACCACGACUACUACAACUACUACGACUACCAAAGCUACCUCCAUCAACAUCAACAGUAGUAGCAGCAUCUCCAACGAUGGCAGCGAAAAGACUCAUGAACAUGGGCACCUCGAGAAAGUGACAGAAGAUAUCUCAUUUGCCGAUGUUGUGGCCCACCAUAUCCCUGAGGAACAUAAGGAGAAGGAGGUCGAAGAGAAAAAGGAAGAAGAGAUUUUGGAACCAACAGAGGAUCUUGAAAUGAUGAAGUCUGGCGUCACUUUUGCUGAUAUCGUCUCCCACCAUGUAGAGAAGGAGGAGGAGAACAUUGCAGAGAACGAAGUGUUGGAGCAGACUGAAGACUUGGAAAAGAUGAAGAGUGGUCUUACAUUUGCGGAUGUUGUCGCGGAGAACUUGGAAGAAACAGAGAAGGAGAAUGCCUCUGCUACUGCUCAAUAAUGAGGACAUCAUAGCAAUUUUGUUUGAGAAAGGCCUUUUAUUAUUAUUAUCAUUAUUACUAUUGCCAUUUUUUUUUCGUGUUCAUCCAGAGUAUUUGAUUGUACAGAUAAAAACAUCCCGCUUUCAUCAUUCCUCAUAAAAUUGACUGGAUACCAGCA